CUCACAGCCCCCCAUCCGUUCAUGUAGCUACUAGUAGUUAGCAACAGCGUGAGCAUGGAAGCACUCCGGUGACCCGCUCCUCGUCGGUUUCCGCCAUGGCCUCAACCUCACAGCCGCCCACAACGUAUGAAGGGAACGAAGGAGGUGAGCGAGGUCAUCAUGGCGACGAGGAGGAGCAGCAGCAGGGAGCUUGGGCGGAGGCAGCCGGCGGCCAGCCGCUGGUGAUGCCGGAGGACGGGUACCAGUGGAAGAAGUACGGCCAGAAGUUCAUCAAGAACAUCCAGAAAAUCAGGAGCUACUUCCGGUGCCGCGACAAGCGGUGCGGCGCCAAGAAGAAGGUGGAGUGGCAGCCGGGCGACCCCAACCUCCGCGUCGUCUACGACGGCGCCCACCAGCACGGCUCCCCGUCGUCAAACGGCGGUGGUCAGGACGCCGACGGCGCCGCCAACCGGUACGAUCUCAGCACCCAGUACUUCGGCGGGGCCGGCGCCCCCACGCCGCAGACGCAGUGACCGGACCACCGGCGACGCACGGACGACGGGCGCCUUGCCUUGCCUUGCCGGCCGACUGACUGGUGCCGCCGGCCGAUGGCGCCAUCAGGUGGACGCAUGCAUGGUAGCUGUUGAACGGCCGGCGGUGGCGGUGCCGGGGCGCCGCCGGUGCAGCGCUGUCGACGGUGUAGGCGGCAGAUUAUCUGUGGUCAACGUGAUUACAACACGUGCACUAGCUGGCUGGUUGAGCGGUCGCACUGCUACGACUAGUAGUAUACUUGCACUGUAGUAGCUCCGUUUGUUUCCUGUAUGUAUGUACGAUUAGUUCAACUCCGGUACCUGAGGCCGCGAGUGCAUCAGCAUUCAUUAGCAGUAACACCUGAGGCUGUCACGCCAAAUGUAGUGCAAGUGGAUCGGAUCGCUGAGUUGACUCUUCAAA